UUGAUAAUGGUUUGAAUCCAGUUCCCCAUCGACUGGUUCCUGCAAAAAUUUAGCAAGCUUUACUAACAAAAAAUCCCAAAUCAAAAUUAACCUGGAAAAUCGAGAAAAGCUCCACCAAGAUUCUAACUUUUUCCCAAAUUUGACAAUGGCCCAAAACCAAAGACCCAAAUCCCUCCUUGAUUCUUUGGGUGAAGAAAUCAUCAGAAUCCUCACCCCCGUUUCAAUCUGCAUGCUUUUAGUCGUCCUUUUGGUCUCAAUUCUUAACUCAAGUUCUUCACUUUCCGUAACUUCCUCAAUUGCAACCAUAGCUUACUCAGAAACCGGCUCAGAUUCAUCCUGGGACAAGUUCAUAGGUGCCCUUUUGAAUUCCUUAGUUUUUGUAGUUGUUGUCACUGUUGCUACCUUCAUUUUGGUGCUCUUUUUUUACCUUAGAUGCACUAAGUUCUUGAAAAUCUAUAUGGGUUUUUCUUCUUUUGUGGUUUUGGGAUUCAUGGGUGGUGAAAUUGCCUUGUUUUUGAUUGAAGAAUUCAGUGUUCCUGUUGAUUGUAUUACCUUUUUGGUGCUUCUCUUUAAUUUUGCUGUUAUUGGUGUUUUGGCUGUUUUUAUGUCAAAAAUGCCAAUUAUUGUGACUCAAGGCUACUUGGUUUUAAUUGGAAUGUUGGUUGCUUAUUGGUUUACUCUUUUGCCUGAAUGGACUACUUGGGUGUUAUUGGUUGCAAUGGCAUUGUAUGAUCUUGCUGCUGUUUUAUUGCCUGUUGGUCCUUUAAGGCUCCUUGUUGAGCUUGCUAUGUCAAGGGAUGAAGAUAUCCCAGCUUUGGUUUAUGAGGCUAGGCCAGUUACACAUCAUGAUUCUGCUUCAAGGCCAGUUCAAAGGCGGAUCUGGAGAGAAAGGCAAAAUGUUAGGCUAGAUUCCGAGGACAGUUCAAGUUUGAAUUCUGAUUUGAAUUCUACAGUCAGUAUUGUUCAAAGUAGUCACAAUGGCGCAAGAAUUGCUAGAGUGGAAGAGGGACAGGUUUCAGAAAGGGAUGCUGAGCUUUCAGCACCGUUGAUUGAUCGCAGAAUGGAUGCUCAAGACGGUAUGUCAACUGAAAGUUUGAUGCUAGAAGGUAUGGGGUUAGGUUCGUCUGGUGCUAUCAAGCUUGGAUUAGGGGACUUCAUCUUCUACAGUGUGUUAGUCGGUAGGGCAGCAAUGUACGAUUUUAUGACAGUGUAUGCAUGUUAUCUUGCAAUUGUAGCUGGUUUGGGCAUUACAUUGGUGCUAUUGGCAUUGUAUCAGAAAGCUCUACCGGCUCUUCCCGUGUCGAUAGCACUCGGUGUGUUGUUUUAUUUCUUAACAAGGUUCUUACUUGAAGUUUUCAUUGUACAAUGUUCUUUGAACCUUCUGAUGUUUUAAAUAAUAAAUGAUCUCAUGCUUUUAAAUCAUAGAA